AUGUCUUCAAGCGACAACCAAGUGGGCUUUGGGUUCCAGGCCGACGUUGUCAGCACAGCCAGCCUCGCGCACCUCCUGACCGGCCGCAUCCUCAAGGCGCUCAGCGAUGGCGGCGUCGACCUCUACGCAGUCACCGCCUCCAUCUGGCUCAGCAAACAGCUGCCCUUUCGCAGUGCACUGCAGACCACCGUACACGCACAACUAAAGGCCAUGCCGGGUGCUAAUGGGUUCCUGGCAAAGGUACUGAGUAUCGGGUGGGGCCACGCUGGCAUCGCCGUCGAAAUGUCGCGGACAAAGGCCGGCGCCAACGCCCUCCUCCUCAUCGGUGCCCUCGCGUCAGGCGUUUCCAGGUUCCACGCCGCACAGUGCCUCUCGGAACUUUUAACCAUCUAUGGUUGCGCAGCAGACCAGCUAGCCAACGUCGACGUCCUCAAGACCAUGAUAGUCUAUAUUGCCCCGAUGGUCCACGAACUCGGGUUCGUAAAAGUUCUCCAGCAUAUUACGACUUCUGCGUCCCACGAGGUUGUCAGGCUCAGGAAGAAGAUUCCGGUCGAUCUCACUUCUAUUGGUGAUCCGCAGACACUGGCGAGUGCUAUCAGGCAACUCGUUUUUACAUCGGAGAGGGCCGAGACCCUUUACCUAGUACCACAGCAGCGAGGCGCCUGGCUGGCGGCUUUUGCGAGUCAUCUGCUAGGCAUGUCGGUCGAGCUGGUCUGUGACGAUCACAUCCUAUGGGCAAGCGGCGGUGAUAACGGCAAGGUGACUCUGCAGGUAGCGCCACAGGGCUCGGACAGUACAGCAAUGGCUUGCAGCAACCGGAGCGGUAGUCUUUUGUUAAUGGCGCCGACAAGCCGAGAAAGGCGCAAACGCGUGGACGUGGAGUAUCUGCUCCGAGACGCCCUAGAGGCCGAGCUA